UAAGAAAAUUAUACCUAUUUCUAUCGUUGGCCACAAAAUCUCAGAUUCUCUUUUUUUGGUUUCUGACUAAAUUUAUUUUAUUCCCAGAUUUUUGUAAUAAAUUAAAUUAUUUUCUUUUUUCGGAAUUCAUCUAUUCGAAAAUGAUAUUGUCACCCCCACGAAAUUUCGGUGUUUGCAAAUUUAGGUCGUUUAUUCGACUUGGAUCCGCCGUGCUUCUAAAUCGACCAUUUCGAAAUUACUCGGAUUCCGAUAAGUGUGAGCCUGAGCCAGAGCCGAAGUGUGCGCCACCAGUACUGAGAGAGUAUCCAUGUGGCUUGAAACCGACGCAGUUGCAUAUUCCAAAGCCAACGCCCAAGCGCCCGGAGCUGAUAUCAAUGUGGAAGUUUGAAGACUGUGAGCCAGAACUGUGUAAAAUGGAUCUGCGUUAUGACAUGAAGUACUAUCGCAUAACUGAUAAGCGGAAGCGCAAGUAUCAAGUGACAUGGAACGAAUGCCCUCGUCUCCUCAUCAAGCCCAAAAAGGUGUGCCUCUAUGAGAAAUUGAAGCGUCCGAAGAUCGUUCGUCGCAAGCGUAAGGCUCACUCUGGAGGCGGCAGUGCUGCCGAGGUCAAGACUUGUGCGAAAGAGAAAUCGAGGAGUACGUGUGUGUAUAUUAAAGCGCCGUGCUGCAAAGUUGGACGCAAGCCACCAAAAUGCAGAAGUGCAUUCAAAAGUCUUGGAGGAUGCACGAAACGUAAAGCACCAUAUCCCAGUUUUUCGGAGUGCAAAAAGGAUCCACCACUUGAAGUACCUCCCACCGAAUGCAAGUGUCUUCUCACUCCAGCCACAUGCGAUGCGUGGGCAGAAUUAAGACGGCGUUACGCUAGAGGACAACCCCCCGCGAAGCGAUGUGGUGAAGCCUAAGCUAAAAAUGUAGCGGCGAAAUCAGGAGAGCUAUUUCAAUUAUAACUUAUAAUUAUAGUUAUAUUUAAAUUCUAUUUUGUAUAAUUGUAAUUAUAAAUUUUAAAUUUCAAGUUAUGAGAAAAGCCAACUGCAUAAUUAAAUAAAUUGAUUUAAAUUAUGAAAUUAUUAACAUAAUUUCCACAUGCAAGUUCAUCAAUUGGCCUUUUUUAGUAUAAAAUUAAAUUUAUAUAGUAGGCGGGUUGAAAUUAGUGAAAUACUCAGAUUAAAAUUCAUAUUCAUACUCAAAUUCAUAAUUCAUAUAUAUUCGGUCUCAAAGUAUUAUUUUUAAAUUAUGCUGCCAAAUUUGAUUUCACGUCUUGUGUCUCAUGUGCGAUGCACAAAGGCCACAAUAUAUUUAACUCAUAGACUAUAUGCUAAGAGCUCAAAGACCGAUGGUAAGAAUACUCCCGAACGCAGCUGUAAGCGAGCACCGAAGAAAAAGAAGUGCACGAAAGUUCCAGCUCCAAGCCCGAGUUUCUCAGAAUGCAAAAAGGAACCCAUAAGUCAAAGGAAACCUAGCGAGUGCGACUGUCUGAAGCGACCAAAUUUGUGUCCGACCAAUGACAACAAAUUGCAAUAAAAUAAUAAAUAGAACUUAGCAACCCAAAUCGAAAAUUCGAAUAUUAUAUUAUGCUUUCUAUUCAAAUUUAUUAAACAUUGAAUACUCAAUAUUAUUAUAUUUUUCCUCAAUAUCAAAAUUCUAAAGUAAGAAUGAAAUCGUUAAGGUCGAUUAAUAUCGGUAGCUUGUUGGGUAAGACUUGCGAAGCUCUUCGUAUGGCUGGCCACCCAACAUUGUUGAACAAUUCUUGUUGCAAGCUACGCAAUGAAGCUCGAAAAUUGGCUGUGCUACGGAGACGGAAACGAUUUUCUCUUUUCGAUCGGCAGUUCUACAGACCCCGUCCAAUUAAUCAGCGCAUAUUUAGUCGCACCUGGCUAAGGAAGAUAGAAUCUGAAGAAGAACCGAUGCCUGCACAACCAUUUGAUCGAAGUGUGUUGACGUCGCUUACAAAAAGAAUUUCCGACUGUGAACCUGCUUUUAACGAUUUUAAUUGUGAUAUGCGCAAGCGAAAAAUUUCACAUUCGUCCAAAGUAGAACCCAAAGUUGUUAAAAGUAGUAGAUGUAGAAAUAAACAGCGAGGAAGUGGGAACGUUAAAAAGUCGAAAGCUUUCCCAAUCAACUUAGCGAUUCGUAAACUUGGUUCCUUGAAGCAUAAGUCGACGCGAAUUUCUUAUCCUCGCAAUAACUGCAUUAUCAGAACUAGCGCAUUUUCUUUGGAUAGUAGCACAUAUUAAAAUGAUGAAAUCAUGUAACUCGUAUAAUUAUGCUCGUAAAUUAAAAUAUAACUGAGUAACCUCAGCUUAACUUCUAACCAAGUGUUUCAAACUAUAUUCUAAAUAUUUCAAAUGCUAUCAAAAUUUAAAAAUAAUAAAUUGAUAUUUUGGUUGAUAGAAUCAAAAUUAUUAUAAAAACAAAAAUGCGCUCACUGAAGCCUUUCAUUCAGCUAGCAAAUAAAGCAGGACGCGGUGUCCACAUGGCUACCAAUCGAACUAAUCUCAAGAAUAGUUGUUGGGAGCUGCGUAAGGAAACUCGUCAGGCUAACCUUAAUUUCAACGGAUCUCAUAACGGCAGGAAUCAUCAGUCCUAUCGAUCCAGUCCAGUUGAUCAGCAAUUUGACAACUGGCCUAGUUCAGAGACGAUAGAUAAAGCUGGUUCCUCAAUGCUGAACCGUACUUCGGAAUAUAAUUCAACUCCGAGAGCCGAUCGUACACACUAUACGCCAACAUCAAUGGCGGAUCGUAGAUAUUAUCGCACUUGGAACGAUUAUGGAGAGAGCAUUCAAUUCAUGAAACCAACCUUUCAGAUGCAGGAAUUUAAACGUCCUCCGGUGCGCAAACGUGUGCUUCCUUUUAAAUUACAGGCGGAUGAAGAACCGAAGCUCAAGAAAGAAACUUACUAUAAUUGCAAUGGGCUGGAUUUUGGUAUUCUUUCCUUUGGACCAUAGCUUUGAAUAAACCUUAUUUUGAUUA